CUGCUGUCAGAGGGACUGCUAUGGAGACAUUUGGCCUGAGGAGGACCCAGUCUCUGAAGAGUCUUUCUGGGGUUCAGGAGAGAUCAUGGGUCAUGCCCGCUCCCACCCGCUGGGACAAGAAGUCUGUGUCUCAGCUGGUGCAACAAUACCAAAGCUGUGCUGACCUGAGGAGUAUUGAAAAAGAGGAGCAUAAACUCCAAGUGUCAGACAGCUGUGUGGACAGUCGAUGGAGGAGGCUGGACAAUGUGGCCCUCUGGGGCUCUGGAAGAAGCUCUAAUCUAUCCAGGAGUCGCUCCAUGGACUUCCUCCCUCAGAAGGAGUCUUCUGGCACCAAAGCUUUGUGUGCCAUGUUUGAGUCCAAGGCCACCCUGCAGCAAAGCUUCAACAGCAGCCCUCGGCUCAACUCGGCCUCUGCUACUGGCAGUAACACGGGGAGAGACUGCUCUCUGCAGGGCUGGACAAGUCACAACACCGCUUUAAAGGAUACAACCAUUCAGAGAGCCACCCAAGUGGAAGGAGUAAAGGCCAUGAAUGGACUCCCAGAGUCUUCUGCCAGAGCUUCCAGAUACUCACACGAUGACAAAUAUAGUCCAUCGCUGACUAAGGGGGGCACUCCGACAAGACAAGGCAGAGACAGGAUAUCUACUUCCUCCUCAGUGAGAGACAGAUCGGCUCUCUAUCUGUCAAGAGCAGCAGCUAUCGACUCCACAGGAGACUCAGCACAGCCAGAAUCCGUCAGUACUCCAGGAACGAGGGCUAAAAACAGUAAGAUGGCCGAAGCAGCCAGGAAAAUAACAGUUUCACAAUCAUCUCACGAUGAAGAGGACCUGCCUCCCCCCCCACCUCCUCCCGUACCACCGAGACCCCUCGACUACGAAGGGCCUUCAGCAUUAAGUAGCCUGCCUCUGCCUCCACCCAAAGAAACCUUUUCCACGAUCUACCAACAACGGCAGAAGAGUGAGCUAAAGAGGCUCUUUAAACACAUCCACCCGGACCUAAGGGCAAGUCUCGAUGACAUCGCUGACGAUGAGAUAAUGAAGGCAGUGCAGUCACAAAACAUUCAGGCAGCGGACGCAGCUUAUCAGGGUGAAGUGCAGUCCAUGAGGUGGAUCUUUGAGAACUGGACUAUGGACAACAUUGGGGAUCCUCAUGAAACCAAGAAGCUGCUGGAUGAUGAGGAGUUAAAAGGUGGAAACGUCAGAGGCACCUCCUCAAUGUUUGAGCACGUUGACAGCACCCAACAAAUGUCUGUCAAAAGACAGACUUCUGUCAGAGGGGAUGUGAGAACAUCAACGUGGCUGUUUGAGUCCCAGCCCUUAGAUUCUCUAAAUAAAUCAAUAAGCGAAGAGGGUGAACUGGUCGAAGCAGUGCUGAAAGAACCCAUCCAGCCAGGAGAUGUGAAAGGGGCUCGGGUGCUUUUUGAGUCCAAACCAUUGAGUGACUUGGGACGCUGCGACUCCAUAGAAGACCAUAGCUUCCUCAAACUGAGAUCUGAGCUUCAGGAGCAGAAAGGAGACGUCCAAAAGACUUUAAAACUCUUUCAGGCAGAACCUUGCUGUGCCAUCAGAGACAACAGUGGCAAUAUCCAUGAGAUUAAAUCCAUCUGCAGGGAGGAGAUCAACAGCAGCAACAUCAGCACUGCCCGUUGGCUUUUUGAAACCCAGCCUUUGGACCUGAUUAAUAAGGGAAUUGAUGGGGUGAAAAUUAUUCGGGGUAUAUCUCUGGAAGAGGGGCACGGAGGAGGAGUUGACCAAAAGAGGUGGAUGUUUGAAACUCAGCGAUUUGACACAAUACAAGAGAUCGUGGGAGAGGACAAGUUUGAAGGAACGGCGACUGAAUGCGCCGGAGAGGCCGAUGUCCUGAACAAGAGGAAGCUCUUUGAGAUGCAGCCCUUGGCCGCACUGAAAGGAGACUCCGCAGAAAAGUCUUUGGAAAAGGAAGAAAUUAUUGCAGGAGAUGUCAAGACUUCUCUGUGGUUGUUUGAAACUCAACCCAUGGAGACCCUUAGUGAUAGCUAUGAAGUUGGGCGUUUGAAGAAAGUUACCCUUUCAGCUGAUGAACAAGGAGAAGUAAAAGGCAAAAAACAAAUAUUUGAGAGCUGCAGUAUUCAAAAGAACACCUCAUUCAAGGAACAAGAGAUUGAAAAAGGCGAUGUUAAGGGAUUCAAAAAUCUCUUUGAAACAAUUCCUCUGAGCAAAAUUGCUCAUUCUGAUGAAGAGAUUACUGAGGAGGAAAAAGCUAUUGCAGCAGGAAACGUAAAAGGUAACAAAGCGCUGUUCGAGACAACUCCUUUAUAUGCAAUAAAGGACAGCUCCGGAAACCUCCAUACGGUCACAACAGUCAGCCGAGAAGAACUCAUCAAAGGGAAGGUCCAAAACUAUAAGUGGAUGUUUGAGACUAAGCCUUUAGACGAGCUUGCAGAGGGAAAAGGAAAUGUUGAGGUAAUCAAAGGCAUCACCAGACAGGAGGAUACGAUGGGCGACGUCAAGACGGCAAAGUGGCUUUUUGAAACCCAGACAAUAGAUGGGAUCCAUUCCAAGUUCAACCAGACCGAGCAGGAUGCUUCUGUAGAACUGGAACAUCGUAAAGGUGAUGUCAAGAACUGCAAAUGGUUAUUUGAAACAAAACCAAUGGACAUCUUGUAUGACAAAUCAGAAAAAGUAAAUGAUAAAGAAACCAUUGACAAUACCGAUGUCAAGUCCAUUACUUGGCUUUUUGAAUCACAGCCUCUAGACAGCAUCAAAGAUGGCGAAGAGUACAAUCUGAAGCUGUGCAACACCAUACAGGAUUCUGUCAAAUCGGAGGUUGGUGUUCAAACAGUCAAACAUGUUUUUGAAACAGAAACCUUGGAUAGAAUAAGAAAGGAUGCAAAGUCUGAACAAGACGUGAGAUGUGUCAGCCAGGUCAACUUUCAGUCUGGAGAUGUCUCACGAGUCAAAGAACUUUUUGAAUCCCAGUCUCUCGAUGAAAUUGGAUUAGAAAUGGCAAUAACAUCUGAUGAACAGAAACAAGACGAACACCUCGAGAAAGGUUCCGUACAUAAAUUUACCUGGAUGUUUGAAAAUCGUCCCAUGAACCAGAUGAAUCAGGACAAUGAAGAUACAAACAUUCAGAGAGACAGUGGCGCAGAGGGUGGUGAUGUACAGAACAAAAAGUUUAUAUUCGAAACAUCCUCACUGGACAAAAUCCACGAGCAACCCCUUGAACAGAAGCCAGAUUCUGUGGAACAGCCUGUGAGCAGUGUUGACGUAAAGUCGAGCACCAUGAUGUUUGAAUCCCUGCCACUGUAUGCCAUCAGAGACAAAGAGGGCCAGUUUCAUGAAGUCACAACUGUGAAAAAGGAGGAGGUAAUGAGUGCUGAUGUAAGAGGAGCAAGGUGGAUGUUUGAGACAAAACCCCUUGACGCCAUCAAGGCAGAGAAGGAAGUUUACGUGAUCCGAGCUGUUACCCAAGAAGAUGUCAAGAAAGGAGAUGUCAAAUCAGCCAGAUGGAAGUUUGAGACACAACCUUUGGACUCCCUCACCAGCCGCGAUGAGCCCACUGUCAGGGUCAUUGAAGACUUGGGAAGCAGUAAUGUGCAACUCAAUAAACAGAUAUUUGAAUCUGAGCAGUCAUGCGAGAAGUUCAUGCGAAUGGUUAGCGUCACUGAUGUCCAGCAAGGUGAUGUCAGGACCUCCACCUGGCUCUUUGAGAAUCAAAGCAUUGACAGUCUGAAAGGGGAACCUCAGGAGCAAGGUCCGGUAAAAACAGUCCACAGAGAAGACAGCCAAAAAGGAGAUGUGAAACGCUGCACUUGGCUGUUUGAAUCACAGCCACUGGACAAGAUCAAGGAGCCUGAGGACACCUCGGUGCAAGGUACUGAGGAGGAGAUACCAAAAUCUGAUGUGAAGUGCACUACCUGGCUCUUUGAGACCACUCCACUGGACAAAAUCACUGCCAACACUGUUGCUGACACCCUGUCCUAUCUGUACCAAAUGACUUUUGUUCACUCAAGCGGCAUCAUAAUAGAAGCAAGUGAGAGCAGAAAUGUUAACAUGGCAAAAUAUCUGCUUGAAAGCAAUGAAGGUGUGCAAAUCCAGAAUGAAGAGGCUGUUGGGGGUAACAUCAGGAACAUCAUGUUACAACUCUUACUCAAACCAACGCUAAAGCCACAAGUUAGUCUUCUUAGAGAAGUGGAGAAGGGUAAAGUGAAUACCACAGUUGUAGAACUUCCAGUCUACCAGUCAGACACAACUAUCAACAUCGAGAGGGAUCAACGAGUACAACACAUUGUCCAGAUGAUCGAUGAAUUGCUUGUCGGAGAUAAGGAUUUGAAAAAGGGAAUCAUAAUGCAAGAGACUGUGGACGGGCAAGCAGAGAUGUCAGUUUAUUCACUCAUCUGCAAUUCUGAAGCCAAAACCGAGAGUCACAUUAUAGAGAAGGGAGACGUAAAGUCUACGAUUGGAAAUCUAUUAGCUACUGCCAAUAGUCAGAGGACUGCAGCGUCGUGUAGAGUGGAUGAAAAUGAAAAGGGAAAUGUGAAUCUGUACAAAAGUUGCAUUGAGAAAGGAGACCUGCGCUAUCUGCAAAGUCUUCAUGUUGAAGCAACAGGAGAUGAAGUUGAUCACAGCCUUCUGGCUGAGGAGCACGUUGAAAUAGUUCAAGGGGAUGUGAAGGAAGCAAAGAGAAGUCUCUGUCAGCAAAAAGAGCAGGUAGAGCGAACCAUUUCUGAUGUUUUGCCAGGGGAUGUAAAGAACACCAAAAAAGUGUUUUCGUCAGAGUGCUCUCUCAGCGUUGAAAGCUGCGCUCCAAAAGAAGAAAUAAUCCCUGGGGAUAUCUUAUCAGCAAAGCAACAACUUGCAGUAAAGCAACCUGUCAUGGUGGAAAAAGAGGAAAUUGUGUCUGGAGACAUCAAGGCAACAAUGCAGUCAUUAGAACGUGCAAAGCAACAGAGCAUGUGUGUGGAGCGGGAGAUCAUUAAACCUGGAACUAUCUAUGACAUGGACUUGUCAGGUCCUGAAAUAGAAGGAAGCCAAGCACAAAAAGAAGUCAUUAUAUCCGGAGAUGUGAAAGCAGCUAAAAAGUCCCUUCAAAUGGCUAAGCAGCAAAGCAUGAAUAUGGAGCGCGAAGCCGUUGUCCCAGGAAAGAUAUACAACCUAAAUGUCACGGCACAAGAGGAAACCUCCUCCACAGUGACGCAAUCUACGUGUUCAUCUUCCUCCAGAUGCCAGCAAAUCAAGACUUAUCCAAAGGUCAGUGAUGCAGAGAAAGAUCAGGAAAGCCAUGUUUCCUUUGAGGCUUGUCAACAAAGUGCAGUUAUAGUCAAUCAUUGUGCACCAGAAUCACUGCCAUCUUUUGUAAGCUGUGAGUGUAAUGGUCAGACAACAGAAGAUGAGACAGAAGAAGUUAUCAGAGGAGAUGUGAAGGCAUCUAUUAGGUCUCUGCAGAGCGCAGCUACAGAGCAGAAGCUCCUAGAUAAAGAAGAUAUUGUAAGAGGUAAUGUCCAAUUGGCUCUGCAAUCUCUUGAGAAGUCUAGUGUAAACAUAUCCAAAGGAGACUAUAAAGCUGCAAUGAUAUACAGGAAUUCAGGGAAGGCUUGUUCAGUGAGGAGCAAGAAGCAGUGUGUUGUGGUGUCUAUGCCUCCAUCUGACACAAAAUUGUCUCCUUCAAUUUCAGUAACCUGUGAAGGACAACCAUCCCUUACAACACAGAAUUCAGCACCCAACCCUGUAGCAAAUGGGAACUCUAAAUCAUCCAACUCUGUGAGUGUAACUCCACCUCCACUCCCUCAAAAGACAAGUGAGAAACCAAAGGAGCAGAAGCCAGCUUUACCGCCAAAGCCCCAAUGGACAAAGUCAGUAGUUGUAGAAGAACCAAAUAUUUUAGCUGCUCCCGAAGUCGCUUGCCACAUUAAAGACAACAUAAAAAGCGCAGUGAUUCCUCCAAAACAAAGCACACAGUCUCCUACGCCCUCUCCUGAUAAACUACAAGGAACCACAACAUAUGGCAAAAUCAGUAAAGAGACCUUACAUGAAACAUCCCAAAACUCUACUAAAGCGUCGCAAGACUCAAGUCAAACAAGUGAACGUCUACCAACGGACUCAAAAGAUCAGGAAAUUAAGAAGAAAAAGAAAACCCUUCCAGUGAGCAAAUCAGACUGCCAAGUCAUGAAGUCGAACAGCACUGACGUGGAAAUGGAGAGAAAUGUGAUACAGAAAAUCAAUGCAGCUGAGGAGAUAGAAAUGUGCAUGAAGAGUUAUGCAGAAGAUGGUAAACGUGAAAUGAACAUGAGCUUGCAGGCUGCUCUACAGAACUUUGAAAGAAAGGAAAGUGACGCUCUAGACAAAAGAGCCCCUUUGUUGUCCAAGAAGGUAAAAGUGAUAAAUGACAGUGUAAGUGACCAUAAACAAACCAACAAAACCACUGCUCAACAACACAAAUCCCCUCCCAAGAUAGAACAUGACGCACAGCAAAGGUCAAAGACCAAUGACAUCAAUGAAAAGCAACCCAAACUCGAGGAUAAAGUUGUUUUAAGAGAGAAGAAAGUAAAGGAGACAGAUGAUGAAAGACUACAAAGGCUUUCUGUCCACAAGGAUGAGAUCAUGAAGGGAAAUGUGAAAGAAGCCAUGGAAAUCUUUGAAAAUCUGAGGAAACGAGAGGAGCUCAAAGAAAUCCUGUCUCAAGUGCAAGAUAUAGAGGGAGAGACCAGCAGCGUAGACGUUAGCUCCUUUAAGACGUUAUAUGAGACUGUCCCUGCUUGGAUGGCUACACAAGGUGGAAAUGCAAAGGAAAGUAAAACGGAGGAAAAGAAAGUUGAAGUAGAGACACAGGACGAUGAUCUGGAAAGCAUCUCGUCAGUUGAGACUGCAUAUGAAGAUCUGGAAAAGGCAAGCAAGGAAAUAAUGAAUCUGAAGGAACAAACGUUAGCAAAACUUCUUGACAUCGAAGAGGCCAUUAAAAAGGCUUUGUACUCUGUCUCCAAUCUGAAAUCUGAGGCUGACAUCGCAGGGUUGUCAGGACUAUUUGAUGAGUCUUUGAAAUCUGAGCAAAACUUUCAACCCACCAACAACAUCAGGAAAAUAAGUAUUGUGUCAAGCAAGGCCAAAUCAGUUGAGACCAAAGAGGCAUCUGGCGUGAAUACACAUUUGGAUUCAAGUCCUCAAGUGUGCAGACAAGUGCAAAACAAGCCACUCAUCAGACAGUCCUCUUCCCAGUCUUCCCCGUCAUUCAUCUCCAUUCACUCAGCUGCCAGAAAGUCUGCCGAACAACCAAAGUCACCCAUGUCAACAUUUAAACCAAAACCAGAGGGUAAAUCUCAAAGUUGCUAUGAUUCAAACAGUGGUCUCGGACAGGAGUCUGCUGCUGCCGAACCCUCAAAGAACGGUCACAGUCCUCCACAACGCAAGGUUAGUGUGAUCGAAGUGAAAACGGUUCCAGAGCAACCUGCAGGAAUAGUUGGCAAGAAGACUGUCAGUGAAACAUACGAAGAGACCGACGGCUUUGGCAACGUAUUUUCUUCUUCUGUGACUUCAACAUUUGUCACCAAACAGUCUGACAGUAAAUCAUCAACACUGUUCGAAGUAGUCGGGAGUCCAGCCAGAUACGAAGUCAUGACGUCCCCAAUAAUUCGAAGAUCUGGUCGCCCUUUUGAAGAUAAAGUGCUGAGCAACGCCAACGAGGAAGGGACGGUGUUUGUAACAUUUAGCCAACCAAAGGAAAAGCAUUAAUUAAGACAAGCAGUGAGUUCUUUAGGAAAGCAGUUAUUCCAUUUGUGUAUUUAUGACAAUAUGUUUUCAUGAAAAGUUUUUGUUAGUCAUGAAAUUGAUCUUAUGAAAUCAUGAAAAUGUUGACUUUUAGUUUAAAAAAAGUAUUUGUCUUAUAGAUUUUAUACUGUAACCACAUAUUAAAGUUCUUGUAUUAAAGAUAAGCAGUUGAUACUGUAUGUUCUGUUGUGUAAAUUGUCUAAUAAAUAACAGUUAAAAAGA